CUGCUGCUGCUGGUGUGAGGAGGAGAGAAGCAUCUCGCUGAGGGCCGGGCUAAUGCAAAUCACUGCAAUAGCAGAAGGAAAGCAGCUGCAGCCCGGACUCAGCAGCAGCAGCUCAUCCAGUCAGUGGGCCAGGAGGAGACACACAACAAAGGCACAAUACACCCAGAAAGGAGACAUUUACUGCCUGGCCCAUUUCAUUCACUCUGAGAUCCAAUCAUUGAGAAAGGGGGAAUAGUGACAAAAUCAGAUUUCUGCGGGUUAACAUAAUGGACAACGAAGAGAAGACGAAAGUAUUCCAAAUUGGGGCACUCUUGGGAUUCUCUACAAUGUCCUUGGGGAGAGACAUGGAACUAGAACAUUUUGAUGAGCGAGAUAAAGCGCAGAGGUACAGCAGAGGGUCCCGAGCCAAUGGGCUACCAAGCCCGACCCAUAGUGCCCACUGCAGUUUUUACCGGACCCGUACUCUGCAAGCCCUGAGCUCAGAGAAGAAAGCUAAGAAAGUCCGAUUCUACCGCAAUGGCGACCGAUAUUUCAAAGGAAUUGUCUACGCCAUUUCCGCUGACCGUUUCCGAUCUUUUGAGGCUCUCCUGGCUGAUCUGACCAGAACUCUUUCCGAUAAUGUGAAUCUACCCCAGGGAGUGAGAACUAUCUACACAGCGGAUGGAAACAAGAAGAUCAUCUCCCUGGAUCAGCUAGUUGAAGGUGAAAGUUACGUAUGUGGUUCUAUCGAGCCUUUCAAAAAACUGGAGUACACAAAGAAUGUAAACCCCAAUUGGUCGGUGAAUGUGAAGACGACAGGUAGCCCUCGCUCAGCGCAGCCCCUUGCUACCCCUAAGGCGGCCAGCUCUGAUGGAAGAGAGGGCAAAGACUUCAUCAGGCCAAAGCUGGUGACAAUUAUCAGAAGUGGCGUGAAGCCACGUAAGGCCGUCCGGAUUCUGCUGAACAAGAAAACCGCCCACUCUUUUGAGCAAGUUCUCACUGAUAUUACUGAUGCCAUAAAGCUGGAUUCCGGAGUGGUAAAGCGUCUGUAUACACUGGAUGGAAAACAGGUGAUGUGCCUUCAGGAUUUCUUUGGUGAUGAUGACAUUUUUAUUGCUUGCGGACCAGAAAAGUUCCGUUACCAAGAUGAUUUCUUGCUGGAUGAGAGUGAAUGUCGGGUUGUGAAAUCUACUUCUUACACCAAGCUUCCUAAUAUACCACGCAGGAGCGCGACUAAGAGUCCCGGACCUUCCAGGCGCAGCAAAUCCCCUGCAUCAACCAGUUCAGUCAAUGGAACUCCGGGAAGCCAGCUUUCUACCCCUCGCUCUGGGAAAUCGCCAAGCCCAUCGCCAACCAGCCCCGGAAGUCUGCGGAAACAGAGGGGCUCCCAGCACAGUGGCUCCUCUACCUCAUUAGCAUCCACCAAAGUGUGCAGUUCCAUGGAUGAGAACGACGUCUUAGCUGAAGAUAUAUUGGAUGAAGGGUUCCAGGUACCGGUGUCUAUAGCAGAGAGAUACAAAGUUGGAAGGACCAUAGGAGAUGGAAAUUUCGCCAUUGUCAAAGAGUGUAUAGAAAGGUCGACUGGCAGAGAAUAUGCACUGAAAAUUAUCAAUAAGAGCAAGUGCAGAGGCAAGGAACAUAUGAUCCAAAAUGAGGUCUCUAUUCUGAGAAGAGUGAAACACCCCAAUAUUGUCCUCCUCAUUGAGGAGAUGGACAUGCCGAAUGAGCUGUACCUCGUGAUGGAACUAGUAAAGGGAGGGGAUCUAUUUGAUGCCAUUACCUCUACUAACAAAUACACAGAACGAGAUGCUAAUGGGAUGUUGUAUAACUUAAUGAGUGCCAUCAAAUAUUUGCAUAGCUUAAACAUUGUGCACAGGGACAUCAAACCCGAGAACCUGUUGGUAUAUGAACACCAGGAUGGCAGUAAAUCUCUGAAGCUUGGAGACUUCGGGCUGGCAACUAUGGUUGAUGGACCUCUUUACACUGUUUGUGGAACCCCAACAUAUGUAGCUCCAGAAAUAAUUGCAGAGACCGGGUAUGGCUUAAAGGUGGACAUCUGGGCAGCUGGUGUCAUUACCUACAUCCUACUAUGCGGCUUUCCUCCAUUCCGUGGCAGUGGAGAUGACCAGGAAGUACUUUUCGAUCAAAUUUUAAUGGGCCAGGUGGAUUUCCCAUCCCCCUACUGGGAUAAUGUUUCUGAUUCGGCGAAGGGACUUAUCACCAUGAUGUUACAGGUUGACGUAGACCAGCGGUUUUCUGCUCUGCAAGUUCUUGAACACCCAUGGGUUAAUGACGAUGGUCUGCCAGAAAAUGAAUACCCGCUAUCGGUGGCUGGAAAGAUAAAGAAACAUUUCAACACUGGUCCUAAACCCAACAGCACUACUGCCGGAGUCUCUGUCAUCGUAACCACCGCUCUUGAUAAGGAGAGGCAGGUUUUCGGACGAAGACGCAACCAGGAUGUGAGGAACCGAUUCAUGGCCCAGCCAGCUGCACCGGAACUUAAUUCAGAGUCAGAGGACUAUUCACCAAGCUCAUCUGAAACUGUUCGCUCACCUAACUCACCUUUUUAAGGAAACACUUUAAGUCAUGGCUUAACCCUUCGAGACUUCAGAAUGACAUCGAAAAUCUUCUAGAAAUCUGUUGUGAACAUUACUAAUGCUAAUGUUUUCUAGGUUGGAAAGAGAGUACAAAUAAUUGGGGAGAAACCAUGAUAAUGUGGACAUCCCCGGCACUACGUAUAGGGUAAAUGUUUGUGUGCUAAAAUUUAUUUAUAAAUGAGUGAAAAUAUGACUGAAUUUAGGGCUGCUAUCAACAGAGAGCUUAGAUAUUGGUGGAGGACGUUUGCAUAGAAUAUCACAGUAGUCAUGCAGUUUAUGAAUGGUAUAUCACAACAUAUGUGGCCAGGGAGUAAAUAGUGAAUGGUCUUGUUCUCACACUGAAACAUGAGGUAAAAUAAUGGUAAUGUAAAUUAGGCCGGGUAUGACAUUUGGAGCCUAGCCGCAGCUUGGGGGGUGAAGACUUCCGUGUGCUUGUGUUUAUGAACACCAGUGCACAAGGAAUAUAAAAGGCUCUGAGUGUACAGUGUGCCUGCUUGAACACAAAUGCAUGAAUACAAAUUAAGGGUGCUAUAAACUGUGCAAGUAUGGACUUAGGAAAAGGAAUACAAAGUCAAAUUAGUCCAUCAGUUGUAUCACUUUAACCGUUCCACACUGGAAGGUCAGGGAGAGAAUUCGCAGACAGUGGAUGUAUUAUGAAAAUGUUGCAAAGAAAAAACAUAAACUCAAAUAUUGCAAACUACUAAUUACACAUUUUACGAAGGCCAAAUUUACCAAGCAGCAUUUUUGUGUGAACUUAUAAUAGCAAUGCAGAUUCUGAGGUAAAAUAUUGUCAAAAACAGUGUGUGACAAUGACUUAUGUGCUUGUUGCCUGUUGUUCUUUUAUUUUCUGUCUGUCAUAUUCCAUCGAGAAAAAAAUAAAUCCAGUUAUUUUUUUUCCUUGUCAUUUUAAAUUAAAA